UAAGCAAGCCAUGAAAUCUAUUAGAUUGGAAAUAUCAAAAAUUAUGUUUUAAGUCCUCUACUCAAUCAUAUAUUUAUGGUGAAAUCAAAAUUGUAAGUGAUAAAUCCUCCCGAAAAAUGUCCGCUCACACACUAACCGAAGACCAGGAGCGUCAAUUUCGUCACAUGUUUGAAAUGUUCGAUAAAGAUGGAAAUGGCUCGAUCACAACAGCGGAGAUGGGUAACGUUGUCCGUGCACUGGGAAUGAACCCAUCGCAGGCGGAAAUAGAACAGAUGAUCCAUGAGGUCGAUCUGGAUGGAAGCGGUACCAUAGAAGUGAAUGAAUUUCUAGUGCUAAUGGGGCGAAAACUGCGGGAAGAUACCAACGAUCAUGAACUGCGGGAGGCUUUCAAAAUUUUCGACAAGGAUGGCGACGGUUUUCUGACGGUUGACGAGCUAUCGGCAGUUAUGAAGAACUUCGGCGAACGACUGUCCGAUGAGGAGCUGGCGGACUUGUUGGAUGAAGCGGAUAUUGACAAAGAUGGCAAAAUAAAUUAUGAAGAGUUUAUUAUUAUGUUAACAAAAUAA